UUCUGAGUUUCUGUGAAGAGGAAGAAGGAGGAGGAGGGACGAGCAGAAAGGAGAUGUGUGUUUUAAAAAGGGUGUGCUGUUUCCGUGGACGUGUUUUAAGCAGCCACGGGACAUUCGUGAUUUCUCACUCAUGUUGUGAGCUGCCAAUACUCAGUUUAAGUCACUAAAGACCUGUGUGGAGAUGCAGACCAGCAGCAGUGAGAGGGGGGCUGACUUUGAGCAGCUGAAGAAAAGAUGGACGGCCUUGGUGAAACACUUACAAGAUGACCCCAGGGUAGCACGGUUGCUGAAUACGAGACUUGGACGGUACCUCAGCAGCCACUCGUUUGUAGCUCUCACAGCUCUGAUGUUCAGCGCCAUGGCUGCAGUGCCUGUUGGACUCUUUGUCACUUUUGCUGUUGUGACCACGAUGAUAUCUGCAGUGGGUUUUGUUUUCUGUGAGGCAUUCCUGUUGUUUGUCGGAGGGUUGGCUCUGCUCUGGGUGCUCUCUGGUAUCGCCCUCUUCGCCAUCGUGGCCUCGGCCGUCGUUAAUGUUUUGUAUGUCACCACCUUCAGCCUGUUGAACCGUUACUACCCACAUCUGACAAAGAAAGGUGUAAUCGAGGGAGAGAAGACUGAGUGUGAAACUUCAACAGAGAAAGACUCGAAGGCCAACUAGUUUUUCUUCUUCUGCCUGCCUGAAGUUUCGAGUGAGCCCUGCUGAAUCCGGGAGGUUGCGAUGCAGUGAUACAGACUCCUGAACGUGCACUAUGGUGUUUUGUUUGAAAUCUGCUGUUGUAACAGAUCUCAUUGUUAUUGUAUGUCUUAAGCCUAAUAUUGUUAUUAUUUCAGUAGGCUCACUGUAGUGGAGAAAGAGAGAGACCCAUGGAAUAACUAACAUUGAACCUACCUCAUUUGCUAAGUCAAGUAGCCUUGUUUUAAUCAAACGCCAAAGACGCAGGCAGCUUUCUGAUCUGAAGAGUGAAGCCGAUGGCGAGGCGUUUUAAACGUGCACUCAUUUAAUGGCCACUCCUUUGAUUGUGUGAAGACUUACAGCUGUGUAGUAGUGUGCCUGUGUUAUUUAUCCAUCCCUUAUUUGUAGCGUCCAGUUUUAAAAACUCUCAAAAAACAUUCAGUGUGAGGGCUCAUUGACCAGUGAGGGAGGCUUUAUGUGAGGCUCAUUUCAAGAACUAGAGAAAAGGGGGAACUCAUGCACUUGCAGUGUUACUUUAUCCCCCCCCAAAAAGGUCAUGCACUACUUCAUUACAGAUGAACGUUUUGUUAGAAUGGAAAUGCCGAUAUAUUUGUGUGUUUGGCUGCAGUGUACAGCUACUUGAUGUUAAGUGAAAUGCACCAAAAUGACUGUCAUGUGUUUAUGUUUGCUGUUACGUGUGAAGAGGAACGCUAUCUUCUGUCCAAACAGAGGUGAAAAUAUUCUGAUGGGUCCCUCCAAAAAAUAAAGAAUGAUGAAAAAUGUUGUGUAGAACAUGCAGUUGUAAUUAUUUACUGUACACAGCUGUUUAUAUCAAUCAUAAUGAGGCCAAACUCCAUGUACUGAGAAGAUGUUUAUCCAUACUGCAUAUUGUGCAUCUGAUGACUGAACUCAAAUUAAACGUUGUUGGGGUAAAUUGAA